CCCCCCAAAACCACCCACCCCUUCUUCGCUCCUCUUCUCCGUUUAACAAAUCUGUUCGGAGCGAAGAAGUUGCAGAGUAGAAUAUCUAGAUAGAGAAACACAUAUAGAGAGAGAAAAAGAGAAUACCCACACCACUCUCCUUUUCUCUCUAUAUCAUAUUAUAUAUAUAUAUGUUGAACAUUCACCUUCAGAUAUAGCUGCAUACACAAUAUACCGGAGGUUUUGGCGUGGUUGAUCUCCUUUCCUGCCGUUCGUAUUCCGAUUGCAGAUCUCGAGAUUCCACCGGAGGAUCAAUUAAUUGUGCAUUUCUCUGUAAAAAAGGAAUUCAACUUCGUUAUUGAGAUUUUUGGCUUACAUUUUCAUUGACGGAGGAGCAUUGGAGUGUGUUGCUGUUUAGAGGAGGUUGAAUGUGAUGCAAGUAUUGUAGAGAAUAGUUUUUCAAUUAGCUGAAAGUAUGGAUGAUAGAGGAGGAUCGUUCGUGGCGGUGAGGAGGAUAUCUCAAGGAAUUGAAAGAGGCAAUGCUUGUCAUACAACUUCUGCGGAGGUUGUGGCAGGAUCAGCAGCAUGGCUAGGCAGAGGCCUUUCAUGUGUUUGUGUUCAAAGGAGGGAGAGCGAUGCUCGUCCAUCAUUUGAUUUAACUCCAUCCCAGGAGGAAUGUUUGCUAAGGCUACAAAACCGUAUAGAUGUUGCAUAUGAUAGUUUAAUCCCUGAACAUCAGGAAGCUUUAAAAGCUUUGUGGAAAGUUGCCUUUCCUGAGGAACAACUUCGUGGUUUGAUAUCUGAACAGUGGAAGGAAAUGGGCUGGCAAGGAAAAGAUCCGUCUACUGACUUUAGGGGUGGUGGAUUUAUAUCACUGGAGAACUUGUUAUAUUUUGCGAGGAAUUUCCCGAAAUCUUUCCAGGAUCUGCUCCGAAAGCAGGAAGGUGAUAGAGCAAUUUGGGAAUACCCAUUCGCUGUUGCUGGCGUCAAUAUCACAUUUAUGCUUAUCCAGAUGCUCGAUCUGGAAGCUUUAAAACCUAGAAAUCUGGUUGGAGCUACUUUCUUGAAGUUUCUUGCAGAAAAUGAAUCAGCAUUUGAUCUGCUAUAUUGCAUCACAUUUAAGCUGAUGGAUAAUCAGUGGCUUGCCAUGCGCGCAUCAUAUAUGGACUUCAAUGCGGUCAUGAAGGCUACUCGUCGUCAACUAGAAGAGGAGCUUCUGCAAGAAGACGUUACACGGCUAGAAGAUUUACCAUCAUACAACCUUCUUAGUCGAUAGUGUUUGUAGGCAUGACUUUUAAGAAAAUGAGAAUAUGGCUUCCGUAUGCAUGUUUUGUGGCAUUUAUUGGUGGUGUUGUUACGUAGUAGCUUUUGAUGGGUGGGUGUUACUUUGUAAAAGUCAGCGGAUAGGGAAAAUGGGGAUUAAUGUUAGAGCAAGUACAAUGUUAUUCCCUUGUUUCUUGAAUUUGGAAAGGGUCACACCUGAUGAUCGGUCUCAGUAGUGAUGGUAGGAAUUCAAAGAUUGCCUUCAGAGACUACCUUUCUCUUUAAUUAACUCGUAAGGUGGUAACCAUCAAUAGUCUGUCUAUAAACAAGACUUUGUAAGACUUUAGACCAAGACGUGUCCGUGUAAACUGACUGAUCCUUGAAAGAGAUUGUGAUAUCAACGU